AUGGCUCGAUUGGCGACACACAUAGAAGGUCAACGAGGUCCUCCAUUGCCUUCUCAACCUCCAUCUUCUUCAUUGAGAUGGAUAUUAGGAACAAUGCUAGCAAUUACUUUACCCUUCGCCGGCAACAAAGGGGGACCGCUACUCGAAUUUAAACGGGACGUUGAUUCAGUGGUCGAGACAGUAGAAGAAGUAGUCGAAAUAGUCGAGAAAGUGGCAGAGAUGGUGGACAAGGUGGCGGAGAACGUGUCGGAAGGGCUGCCGGCGGCCGGAAAAUUGAAGAAAGUGGUGGACAUUGUGGAGCAUGUGGCUGAAAAAACAGCCAAAGAUGCUCAAAUUAUUGGAAAUGCUAUUGACAAGUUUCAAGAAGUGGAGGAAAAGGUGGAAAACGUGGUUGAAACUCUCGGUGAUCAAGCCAAUGCACAACCCAAAAAGGCAAAAGGCUGA